AUGCUGUGGUUCCCUUCAGUAUUCGGAAUCUUUAAGGCAGAAACAGAGGAGGCUAAGUCAGAAGCAGUGGAGCAGGCUUUUGCUGGGUUGAAACUUUUGGAGGAGGCUUUUGAGAAAUGCAGCAAAGGAAAGGGUUUCUUUGGUGGUGACACCAUUGGGUACCUGGGCAUUGCCCUUUGGGGCUUCUUGGGAUGGCUCAAGGCAACAGAGAAAAUCAUUGGCAUCGAGCUUCUUGACAAGGCGAAGACACCACUCUUGGUUGGAUGGGCGGAGAGAUUCUGUGCCAAUGAUGCUGUGAAGGGGGUGAUGCCGGAGACCGACAAGCUGGUGGAAUUUGGCAAGAUGCUUCAGGCCAAGUUUAAGGCUGCUCCAGCUCAAUGAAGAAAUGAAGCCUUCAGAUAGGUUGGAAGCAAGCAUGAUCAAGAAUUGCUUAAAGAAGUUUUACUUGUAGAUCAUGGUUUUUGGUCCAUAUAAAACCCAACAACCAUGGGUUGUCUCUAGUUGGGUUUAGGUUUUUGAGUUUGAAACUAGCAGGACUGGUGAU